AUGCUUCAAACUGCUCACAGCCUUCACCUAGAGAGCUCUGUUCCUCACUGUCACCUUUAUCAAUAUCGCCACCGUCAGUUGCACGAAUCUCUUCAUACUUACAACUUGGCUAUCGGGCGGGUAAAACCGAACCGUCACUCCCAAACCAACUAUUUUAAUUCCUUUCAGCACACUUGGGACGCGACUACGAAGAAGCUCGUGGCCCAGUGGGAGCGGAUCAACCCCCGUCGUGAACAUCGCCUCAAGCGAAGCAUGGUCAAGAAGUUGACCUUAUCCAGGAGUGACUUUACCAAGCCGCAGAUACCAGAACCGACAAGCGCCGGUGACUCGCAGAGUAGGAUAGCUUGUCCCGACCAUAUUCUAGCUGGGGACUCGCUCAUCGUUAACAAUACUAGAUUUGUCAAUCUAGACCCCGAGAAAUGUCUGGGCGAGCUUAGUGUAUACAGGAAAGAAUUCAGUAUACAGCACGAAGGAUCUAAUCCUGGGGAAUCAUCACAGAAGCGAUCUAGAGUAGCCGGUCUUAUGGAGGGCGAAAAGCAGACACGCGCUGCUCGAGAACUCAGCCAUUGCCGACUCAACCACGAAAGUGAGAGAGGACUGACACCUGAUCAGUACGUGGCCAUCAAGAGACAAGAGGGUGUCGCGCUUGUAAUGGCUAAGUUUAACCGGUGGCUUGAUAAGAGACUCGCAAUUAUCUCCUGCUCUGCUGGUAGCUCUAAAGGUGCAGAGUCUGGAAGUGGUAGUUCUGAGCAAGGCCAACCAGGCCGUUCAACUCGAACAAAACGUCGAUUGGGUGGAGAUGACCAGGAUAAUUCUUCGGCCGGGGGCGAUGAAGGUGAUCCGGAUAGAGGCGGCAGUAAGCGUGCGAAGAAAGACACGGAAUCGGAGCGAAAGUUCGCUUGCCCUUUCUACAAAAACGACCCAAAAGCGCACAACAAACACCGAAGCUGUGCCGGCCCAGGCUGGACUUCCCUGCAUCGCUUGAAGGAGCAUCUUUAUCGCGCUCACCGGUUGCCGAAACAUGUUUGUCCUAGAUGCAAUGAUCCCUUCGAUGAUGCCAAGGAUCUAGCUGAACAUCUCCGGGCUGACGUGCCUUGCGAGAAGUUAGAUGUAGUUCCAAUGCUACAAGGCAUCGAUGAGGCCACCGAAGCAAAGUUAAAAGUGCGAAGGAAGAACUGUCCCGGCAUGACUGAUGAGCAGAGAUGGGGAGAGAUUUACAAGAUCCUGUUCCCAAGUGCUAACUUCAAUGCUAUGCCAACUCCAUAUUAUGACGGCAACGAUUCCCUGGGAUUCUCCAAACGUGCUGAAUGGAAGAAGGUAGAGAAGCGGCUCAGAAAAGAGUUGCCUAAGUUUGUACAGAAGAAGGUCGAGAGGUCAUUCGAGAAAGUUCAGGCUGAUAUGCUGGUCGGCCUCCCUGACAUCAUUCGUGAUGGUCUAUUCGAGUUCUUCAAGGACCUCCCACAUAAUGAUUUGUCGGCAUCGGCAACCCCUGUUGCAACUCCAAGGGCUCGUACGCCUAGCUCCCCUGUCGCAAGGGAACAGCCCGCCCUGACGAGUGAGGAAGACAAGGACGCUUUGCUGGACAUGUCGUACUUUCUAGACCCUACAUUCGAUGAAUUUGACAUGAACCAGUUUGACUUUGGCAAUGCUAACGACUGCCACCUUUUCGACAAGUACUCGGACUCUGGUUAUGCUUCCACGAGUACUGGGAGGGACGGUACCGUCGAGGCAGAUAUUUGAGGACUUUGGAAAAUAGAUGUCUAGCUGUUCAUGUGCGACUUGGCAAAGAACACUUCUACACUCCUUAAUAACGAUUUCUUGUGUAUUUCAUCUUGUGCUCGUAAGUGUUGGAAUAUGAUAUACUCAAAAUACAAGGACUGGAGUGUGUUCAUUACCUACCUGUUCCCGUACGAACUCGCCUCG